CCUGCUGCGCUCCCGCCUACAGCUGAUGUCAAACUUGUCAGAGACAACAACCGCAAAACAAGAGGAACUGCCCACGACGGAAUCCGCAUUUUCACCGUAAAAGAUUUUAGGAUAGUUCGGAACAAAGGACAGCACGACGCAGCAGCUUUAUUUACGAUUUGUGGAGAGGGAUACUUGGCUUCUUGCUGAAAGAGUCAUUGCUGGAAAGGACAGAGGUGUAAGCUCCUACAGCUUACAGGCCACGAAGGCGUAGGCUAACGCGGAGGACACUUAUACGAAACGAAGAUUUACGACUCGACGAUCAUUCAAGAACACGAAUAGCCUCAGAAAGAAUAACGACCCCGCGCAAUGAAUAUCCGACAGAACCUCUUUGGCCAAAGUCCAAAAGCCGGACGGACAGCAGGCGGAUACGAUCGUCCACCCGCAACUCCUCCAAGAGACGAAGUAAUGGUGGGCGGAUAUGAUGAUCCAAGACAGUAUGGGAAUCCGCCCAGACAGAGCUAUGGUGCUCCUAUGUCUCCGGAGAGACAAAUGCCUUCACGGCCACCCGUUGGUAGAGCGCCUCCACAGCCGAAGUCUCCUGGGAAGAGAAUACCGUUGAGGAUAGCGAAGGUAGAAGACAAGACUUUGCAAAGCCAAUACAUUUUCGGGAAUCUAUGUGCGGUAUCGCCUAUGGAUUUUCCUCCCUCGCGAGAUGGCUCGGAUCUCUAUAUUCUCCUGAAUGGAAGAAAUGUGGUUACAGCUCGACCGUUACAGGGAUUUCCUCCUGGAUGUAUAAGUCUGUCGGAUCCGCAGCGAACAUGGUGCGAUGUGGGAAUGAUGGAUCAAAUUACAGCUGAGCUUUACGAUCCCUUCCAACAAGGCCCAAGCACAUAUCUAGGAGCUCUUGAUGUCGAUGUGGGAUUUGCGUCUCUGAAGAAAUUCACGGAGACUCCAUAUGACCAGGAUGUUUUGGCGGAUGUGUUCAUCAAGCAAUUCGAGAACCAGAUCUUUGCUCCGGGACAAAGGUUACUCAUGGAUUACAAGAAUAUCCCUCUGAUGUUCAUGGUGAAGACUGUACAGCUGGUUGAUCUGAGCAUGGAGAAGAGCUCUGGUGCUGCGCCUACAGUAUCGAAUCUUGCUGCGCGGGGUAUCUUGACUAGACAUACACCGAUUACGUUUUACAAAGAUGCGAAAUCACCAAUCAAGCUUAAGGGAUCUUCCAAGCGGCCGGCCGCCAAUUCCAUCAUUGCCCCAGAUUUCAAGUUCGAGGAUAUGGGAAUUGGUGGUCUAGAUACAGAGUUCAGUGCCAUCUUCCGAAGAGCCUUCGCUUCACGUAUCUUCCCUCCGGGUUUGAUUGAGAAAUUGGGUAUUCAGCACGUGAAGGGUAUUCUGCUUUAUGGACCUCCUGGUACCGGAAAGACGCUUAUUGCGCGUCAAAUUGGAAAAAUGUUGAAUUCGAGAGAGCCGAAAGUCAUCAACGGUCCAGAAGUGCUGAAUAAGUAUGUCGGUCAAUCAGAAGAGAAUAUUCGAAAGCUCUUCGCGGAUGCUGAGAAGGAGUAUAAAGAGAAAGGAGACGAGAGCGGACUCCACAUCAUCAUUUUCGAUGAGUUGGAUGCGGUCUGUAAACAGAGAGGUAGCGGAGCUGGUGGUGGAACUGGUGUCGGCGACAGCGUUGUCAAUCAAUUGCUGUCGAAACUCGAUGGUGUGGAUCAACUCAACAAUAUUCUGUUGAUUGGAAUGACCAACCGUAUGGACAUGAUUGAUGAUGCUCUCCUCCGUCCUGGACGUUUGGAGGUGCAUAUGGAGAUCUCACUUCCGGACGAGGCAGGCCGAGCUCAGAUCUUGAAGAUUCAUACCUCGAAGAUGCGGGACAAUAAUGUCAUGGAUACGGACGUUAAUGUUCUUGAGCUUGCUCACAUAACGAAGAACUUCUCGGGAGCCGAGAUUGGAGGUCUGGUGAAGUCAGCAUCUUCCUUUGCUUUCAACCGCCAUGUCAAGGUUGGCACUGUUGCUGGUGUCAGUGAUGACAUUGAGAACAUGAAGGUCAACAGAGGAGAUUUCAUGAAUGCUCUUGAGGAAGUCAAACCCGCAUUCGGUGUCUCUGAAGAGGAGCUCGAGACUGCCAUGAGCGCUGGCAUUCUGCACUACAGCCCAUAUAUCGAGAAUAUCCUCAAGGACGGCCGUCUCUUCGUCGACUUGGUCAAGAAUUCAGCCACCACUUCAUUACUGUCAGUUCUGCUUCAUGGUCCACCAGGAUCAGGAAAGACUGCUCUUGCGGCGAAGAUUGCGAAGGACUCUCAAUUCCCAUUCAUCAAGCUCGUCUCUGCUGAAAAUAUGGUUGGAUUCAGCGAGAUGGCUAAGAUCCAAUACCUAAACAAAGUCUUCACAGAUGCGUAUAAAUCACCACAAAACAUCGUCGUAGUAGACAACAUCGAGCGAAUCAUUGAGUGGGUCCCUAUCGGACCACGAUUCUCGAAUCCAGUCCUCCAAGCCUUGAUGGUUCUCCUCACGAAACAACCUCCCGCUCCCCGCCGUCUCCUCAUCCUAGGCACAACCUCCCAACGCUCCGUCAUGCGCCAACUCGACCUCCAACAGAUCUUCAACCGCGAACUCGCCGUGCCGAACAUCACCUCGCACCAGGAACUCGCGUCCGUGCUGCGCGAAGUACAAGCGUUCGAGCACGAGAGCGAUCUCGCGGAAUCGCUGAAUGAAUUGAGAUCUAUUACGGGCACGGAUGAGGUGGGUGUGGGGAUUAAGAAAGUGUUGCUUGCGGUUGGGGAGGCGAAGCAGGAUAGUGAUAUGUCCGGGAGGUUGGCGCAGGUUAUUAGUGAGCAGAUGGUUGCUAGUCGAGGAUAGAAUAUGGAGUUGGGGAAUGGCAGAGAAAAGAAAGAGUGUAGAAUAGUAGAAUGUAUUGGGUCUGGUUUGACUGUUUUUAGUUUACGUGGUUACUACCUCGUACUCGUCGCUAUGUAAGUGAGAACAGGCUAUGGCAGUGUUCUGGCCCCCAUGACAUUAUAAAAUCUGGGUUGGGUUUUGUUGCUUGGUCUUCUAGUGCUUGGAGUUGGACAGGACUGAGAAGGAUUAAGAUGAGAGCGAGUGGAUUCACAUUAGAAUGGUUCACAUCAUG